CGCCACGCUCGCUCGCACGCACCGGUUCGGCGUCACCGUCCCGCACGUACCUCUCCCGCCCGCGCAUCUACUGUUCGUGUACCGCGCGUGCGCGUGCGUGUUCCCUACGAGUACGGUCGAACGUGCCGCCGCCCGCGUCCCGUGUUCGCGCGCCAGUCAGUCGUUCGCAGUCUCGCCGUCGUGCACGACAUGCGAUCAUCGUCGUCACGUUCACCGCAGCCGACCGAGGGCAGCAGCACAAUCGUUGUCGACCACCACCACCACCACCACCACCACCACCACCGCCGCCAUCAUCGCCACCAGCAGCAGCGCACCGCGACCACUGCACUACCGGUGAAGUGUUUGUUGUUGUUUUCAUCGCUCGCCCGAGACUCGCGUUCAGUGUGUGAUCGCGCGCGUUGACCGACGGUGGUCUUGUACUCUCUCCGGUGUCUCGUCGUACAUUGCGUCCUCGUGCGAAUGUGAACGCGAUACCAUUUUCAUUAACAAUAAUAUAUCGUUACGAUAUUUUACAAUACACUUGUACUGUGUUGACCGAAACGAACUUAAUAUUAUUAUUAUUAUUUUUUUUUUCGACCCGAGUUAUCGCGCGCGCACUCAGUGAAAAAUAAUUAAAAAACAUUUUUUUAUUUUUUUUUUUUUUUUUUUUUAGUUCUGUUUUUCUUUACCCCGACGAUGUUUCGACGGUAACUUUUUUUAUUUUUUGUUCAUCCCGAAUAAAAAUAAUAAAUUUUUUUUUCCUCGAGACUUGUGUCGACUGAAAUUUUUUUCCGUCCGACUACUCGUGCGGCACGUGGUGAUCACCGAAAACGCCGCGCGAACCAGUCCGACUAUAAAUAUUUUAUAGUCGUACAUUUUUUUUUUUUCGUCGUCCGAUAAAAUUAAAAUUUAACAAUCAUGGUGCCUAAGCAAGAGAAUCUCGGCCAAGCCGACUCGUCGGAUAUCAAGUCUGAAUCGCCGCAAUUCGGUUCACAGAUGGUCGACGAAAACUCGACGACGCCGUACACGGACGCAACACAGACGAAAAAGAACAAUCCGAAUCACAUUAAACGGCCGAUGAACGCGUUCAUGGUAUGGUCGCAGAUGGAGAGACGCAAGAUAUGCAAAAAGUACCCGGACAUGCACAACGCGGAGAUCUCGAAAAGAUUGGGCGCGCUCUGGAAGCUGCUGAACCUGACCGAGCGCAAACCGUUCGUGGACGAGGCGGAACGGCUCAGGGUGUACCACAUGAAGCAGUACCCGAACUACAAGUACAGGCCGCGCAAGAGGACGCCCAAGAACGGCGGAUCGGCCAUCACCAAGGCCACGUCCGCGGCCGCGAACCAGUCCAAGCUGCGCAAGAACGUCAGCAAGAAGUACGGCGGCACCGGGGCCGGGGCCGGUCGACUCGCGUCCACGCUCACUUCCGGCACGGUGCACGUGGUCGAGAACAUCGGCGGCAGGGCCAGCGUGGUGUCCUCGUCGACGUCUUCGCCUCGCUCCCCGUCGCUGUCCGUCGUGUCUUCGACGUCGUCGUCGUGCUCGGCUUCGUCGUCGUCCGCCACCGCUUCGGACUCGAAAUCUUUCGUCCGCCGCAACGGCAUCAUACAGGUGAACCGACUGAGCCCGGUGAACACGGACCGACUCAAAUACCACUUCACCAUCGACUCGACCAAGGGCGGCGCCGGUGCCGCGGCGACAAAGGGCGUCGUCACUGCCGCCGCGGACGUGCGCAUGAUGCCCGCGUCCGUUCACGCCAAGGUGCCGACCAGCCCGACGUGCGACUUGCCCAACUCGCCGGAGAGCGCGACUUUCUACGACGAGUCGUCCGCGUGCUUCGACGUCAAGCCGCUGAAAUUCAAACUGCUGAACUCGCUGAACUCGUCGGCCACGAUCACGGUACUGCCGCCCGGCGCCGGUCUCUGCCCCGUGCCCGCCGACCACCUGAUGGACGACGAAGACGACGACGACUGCGACGGCCGCGGCGCCGGCAUGUUGCUCAGCCCCGGGUCGGCCGUGUCGCUCAUGUCCGACCACCAGAUGGACCAGCAGCUGGACCAGCAUUCCUCGUCCACCGUCGACCUGAUCGCGCGCAGCCUCAUGAAAGACGACCAUCUGCUGGUCAAGGCCGAGCCGCUCUCGUCCGGCGCGUCCCCGUCGUACUUCGUGAAACGCGAGCCCAUGGACUGCUGCGAGUCGUCCGAGACGGCCGCGCUCGGCGGCCGCGAAGGUGCCGACCCGUCGACCCUGCUGGACGACAUCGACCACUUGGUCAACCUGAUCGAGAUCGACCAGUUGAAGAUGAUGGACAUCGAAUCGCUGUCCACCGAUCUGGACAACGUGAACAUUCGGCAGAGCUCGCACCUCGAGUUCUCGUGCCCGUCCGACAUGACCGACAUACUGUCCAACAUGGGCGUGGCCGCCGACUGGGGCGAAGACGGUCCGCUCAGCCGGUUCAACAACAAUUAAGCGAAGCGAGCCGACAGCAGCAGCCGCACCGAGAAGAGAAGUUUUUACGAGGACAUUGCAGCCGCCGCUUCCGCUGGAAACAUCUUCUCCAGCGCCGCCCCACGUCGUGUCGUCCUUCGCCUGCGUCGUCUCCAUAUAUAUACACGCAUACACAUAAACACAUACACACUCACAAACAUUAUGAAAAAGCAGGUACUCUGUGAUUGGUUAUUAUUAUUAUUAUUAUUAUUAUUAUUAUUA